AUGACACCAAACAUGAUAAUAAGACAAAGACCAGUUAAAUUUAUAGAUUUCACAGAAGAAAUAAGAAAAAGCUUUGAGGAGAAGAAGACACCAAAAAAGCCCAGAGUUAAGUUAGAUCUUUGGCAGAUCAGCACGUUAGAAAGGGCCUUUGAGGACGACUCACACCCAUCACAAAAAGCAAAGACAAGACUCUCUGUUAGCUUGGGCAUAACUAUAAAGAGUGUUCAAAUCUGGUUCCAGAACAGAAGAGCAAAAGAGAAGGCAAAGAAGGACGUGAGCGAGACAGAAAGUGAAAGCAAUCACGAGUCUAUUGAAUGCGAAGUAUCUGCUACACCUAAGACAUACUUCCACAGCAUAAAGAAAGCUAGCACAGAAGAAAAGACAAGCACUGGCCCUAAGCCAAGCCAAAUGCCUUCAUUGUUUGACUCUUCUGAAUUUACUGAACUAUCAAUGAAAUACGAUGCGUCCUUUGUUGAUGACUCAAUUUCUCUAUCUAUUGACCAGACCCAGAAUUCCGUCUACUCAGAGUAUGAUUCCUUUUUGAGCUCAUUUAGCACGCCAAUUAUAUGCAUGUCAUUGGAUAAACCAGAGAAAGCAGAAGAUACAGAAGCAGCACAAAACAAAAUUGCUAAAGGGGCAUGCCACAACUACACACAGGCAGCUCUCUUCAAUUCAGCAUCACAGCGCAAGUGUCAACUAACAAAUGGGCAUGUAGAAUAUGAAGUAGAUUUAGAAAGAGUGAAUUUCUUCAGUGAGUUGCAUCAUCAAAUGAGCAAUAAUACCAUGUAGAAUAUAUAGCAAACCCACCAUUCCAAUAUUAUACAGCACUG